GAGGAGGGACCGCCUCUCUCCCGGCUGACGGCUGGUUAGCCAGGAGGCGGGGCUUCGCGACUCGGCGGGGCGUGGCCAGGCGAUGGCGACCGCGGAACCCAGCGGGCCUGCGGCGAGGGCGUCUCUCCCGGCACCCCGGCCCAGCGGCACCGGAGCUGCGGGGCCGCCAACUGAGCGAAGCGGCAUUGGAGUCCCCAGGCUGGGGGAGCGAACCCCUGCGGCUGUGGAGAAGCGGGGGCCGUACAUGGUGGCGCGCGCGCCUUCUAGUCAGGCUAGGCUGCAGAAGCACCGGGACCUGGCUAAGGCAGUUCUGCGGAGAAAAGGCAUGCUGGGGGCCGCGCCGAACCGCCCCGACUCUUCAGGGAAAAGGUCAGUGAAGUUUAACAAGGGCUAUACUGCUCUUAGUCAGAGUCCAGAUGAAAACCUGGUGUCCCUCGACUCUGACAGUGAUGGGGAGCUGGAAUCCAGAUACUCCUCCGGGUAUUCCUCUGCAGAGCAGGUGAACCAGGAUGUGAGCCGGCAGCUGCUCCAGGAUGGGUACCACCUGGAUGAGAUUCCAGAUGAUGAGGACUUGGACCUCAUUCCCCCCAAGCCUAUGACCUCCUCACCAUGCUCCUGCUGCUGGUGCUGUCUUAGGGAUGCUUCUACCUGUACCCUCCAGUAGACAUAACCCCAUAAGAUGGGCCCUGCUCACCAUGCCUGCAGAGUCCUGUUGGCCCUUCAUUGGUCACAGAGUGCAGUGGGAACUGCUGUCAACCCCAGAAUCACUGGAGACACUGACCCGCUGGGAAAGUCAGUGACUGCAGUUACCCCAUACCUGGUGCUUCUCAGGCCGGAGGCCCCCAUCUGGGCCACAGGGGAUAGGUGGAAUUCUGCAGUUUUCCUCUGUUGUUGGAGUAGAGUUUGGAGAAACCACUUUAAUAAGGGUAGGAACAGAGGAAUUCUGGUUCUUAUGGUGAGUGACAAAGUUGUCUAAGAGAAAAACUUGCAGACAUCUUGAGUGGUAUUUGUCACCAUGCCCUAUGGAGGGGAAAGGAGAGCUUCUGCACCCAGGCUGUGCUGAAUGGUGUUGUGUGGAGGCAGAGAACAGCACUUUAUGGCUUGUAGCUGGGAGUCUCUGAAAAAGAAUUUAACUAUUUUUGGACCAAUCCAGUUCAAGAAAUUCCAUAUGCUCUCCUCCUCUUCCUAGCUCCAAGAUGCGUUACCUGUUUGACCUUCAAGAGGACAUAAAGCAGGGCCCUUUGGCCCUCUUCCAGUUGUUCCUGUUUGACUGUACAGCAGGUUGCUUAAUGGCACAACAUGAUCAAGGCUUCCAGAAUCCCUGGAAGCAGAGCAUUCCCAUCUGGUCCAACUGUCUGGCUGAGCUUAGUAACUUGGUCCGUCCAUCCUUAGAGAAAAACUGCUCUACUGUGUAGACAAAAUUUGUCUUUUCUUGGUUGCCAUUCUUCACCUUGGUCUUAGCUAGUAUCUUCACCCAGUCCUUGAGCUAAGGUUGGGUGAAGGUUCUGGAGCUUGCCCCGGAAGCCUGCACUUUUUGCUUACCAGCAGGGGGAGCUGCAGGAGUAGUUAGGUGCCUUCCCAUUUAACUUUAUAUUUUCCCCCACCCUGGCCGCAACUUGGCUUGUGGCAAUGUUGGUUCCCCGACCAGGGAGGGAUGAAACCCAGGCCCGUGCAGUGGAAGCGCGGAGUCCUAACCACUGGACCGCCAGGGAAUUCCCCUAUUUGUUUAACUUUACACUUGAGGAGCAGCAGUGGGUGAGAAGUAUACUGGUGCAGAUAUGUGGGCUUUGACAGAGACAGAGGCUCACAGACAGGAUGAGGAGGCGGGACCUAUGAAAGCUCCCACGGCCCCCACCUGAGGAAAUAAUCUUGCCAUUGCAGAUGGCCUCCCUUCACCCUAGGGAAAGCCAUUCUGUUGCAUCCAGAUUCCUCUGACCGCAGCAUUGGGCCUCACAGUGGAUACUCAGGAUUGGGCUUUACAGUAAACCUCUGGGUUCAAUACAGCCUCUUUCAGUCCCCAGUAUGAACACACCAAAAGGUCGGCAUAAUCUCCCCUGUGACCCCCAGUAGAUAGCAUCUCUUGCUAUACCAGACCUCUCUGGAAUUUAAUUUUUUAGUGGUUUUCUUUUUUGGCCUUACCUAAAACCAAAUGGGACUGAAUGGGAGUGGACAGGGUUCCCAGCCUAAGGGGUAGGGUAGUCAGGAUUGAGGUGUGGCCCCAACUUGGGAACUUGCCCAGUCUGUUGCUUCAUUUGGUCAGGACAGAGUAGCCUGAGUGUUUUGACAGCUGCUGGGGGUGAGGAUGGCAGCAGGACCCCAAGAACAAGGCCCUCCGGUGGUUGCUAUUAUAAAGCCACACUGGUAUAUUUGGCUGCACCUCUCCCCAGAAUGUUUCAGAGCUGGUUGACCCUGUGUGGAAGGCAUUACCUUCGUAGAAAAAGUUGCAGGAACGUCAUACAGCAAGGAAGGGUAGAAAUGGUCGAUUGCUUGGGGCUAGAAGCCACGAAUGUCACGAAUAAAGCCUAAUGUCACGAAUAAAGGCACCAAGGUGUCUAGAACCAGACUGCCUUAAUUAAAAGUGCUGGGUGUUUUGCAGAUGACAGCACUCUGAGGAGACAGGGAGGUAUUCAGGCUUACCUCACAGAUGGGGGUGGUACUGUAUGGUGUUUACAGAACUCUUGGCUUAGGCUUCUAUAGCUCUGUAAGUUUUUAAGAAUAAAUACAAUCAUGCUAGUUGAACCUGAGUCUCUGUGUUGCAACAGGAUUUUUAACAAAGGCCUAGACCAGUCAUUGCCCCUUCUGAAUUAGGAAAUGAAGAAAUAGCUUAAUAGCCCCAACCGUUCUUCUGAGGACUGCCUCUCCUUUCUCCUGUUGCCAAUAGGCAUCGUUUUCAGGCCUGCUUAUUGGAAACCAUGGAUGGAAUAGGCCUUUGCAUAUCACUUCUCUUUAGAAUGAAUUCCCUCUGGCAGA